UGUAAAAUUAAAACAGUAUUUUCACUAGAAAAGUCAAGUGACAAAGUCAAUGUUAUAUAGUUUAUUUUAUAUAUGUUUAUAGGUAUUUUCUAUCUAUUUCGUUUUUAAUAGCUUUCGCAUUUAAAAAAGAGGAUGCAAAUAGACGAUAGUUUUUACGAUAUUUAUUUAAGUGACUGGGACUUCACUAGACAGUCUAUAGGUGUGAAUUUCGGAACUCUAUCUCCCUACACUACAACCGAAGCAGAUUUAAUAAAAAAAUUGACAAAGGCAAAACGUGGACGCUUUAUUACUCAGAUGUAUGCAGGAGUUUGUGCAGCAAUUGGCACAUAUUCAUUCGGUAUGGUGGUAGGCUGGUCAAGUCCAAUAACUUACGAAAUGCUGUUGACAAGUUCGGAAGGAGAAAAUGCAACCAGUAUAGAAAAUAUUGAAGACGACCAUUAUGCGUGGAUAAUUAGUAUAACCGCACUUGGCUGCUGCAUGGGUAUUUUCCCUGCGUUCCUCCUAUUAGAACAAAUCGGUCCGAGAUUAUAUAUGAUUUUGGCAAAUUUUUUACUAAUCAUAUUAUGGGGUGUAAUGGCAAUUGUAACAACUUAUAGUAUAUUUAUGGUGGUCCGUUUGAUGACCGGUUUUGCUGCGGUUUCGUUUUUAAUUUGCGGAGAGACAAUUCUCACCGAUUGUACUACAAAAUAUUACAUGCGUUACACGAUGAUGAUGUUUAAUUCGAGUAUGGUAUUGGGAAUUGUAAUUACGUACGUAAUGGGAGGAUUGUGGGGAAAAAGUAAGACGUGCACUAUAUGUUGCAGUGUAUGUGCAUUUCACAUUUUAUUGUUAUACUUUGCAAAAGACAGUCCCGUCAUAUUGUAUGCGAGGAACCCAGUAGAAGCGAUAAAAGCUCUGGCCUGGUAUUUGGGCAAAACUAAUAUACAGCUAAAAGUGAAGCAAAUCAAAAAACAACACGAAAGGCGAAGACUUGAAUCAUCUUCUGAUCUGUACAAGAAAUACUUGUUAAGUUCCAAAGCAGUUUUGAAAGGAACAUUAACAGUUUUUGGGUUAAUAUUUUUUGAAGUAUCUUCCGGUUAUUACGCAUUGCUUUUCUAUAAUGUGUCUCUCUUUCGAGAGUUUCAGCACAAGGAUUCACAAUAUAAAGUGUUAGGUUCUAUUUAUUUUGGAGUUUGUUUAUGGAUUGUAACGGUAAUUAGCAGUUACAUACAUUAUCCGAUACCUUGUGGUGUUAAGAAACCUCUAAUGAUAAGUUCCAUUUUGAUCACGUUUAAUUUGGCUGCUUCCGCUUUAUACCUAACGUUUAUGGAGCCGAGUAUAGAUAGUCGUACGCAUUUAAUGGUACCUGUGAUACUUUUUGGAACAUUUAUAAUUUGCUUUGAAGCCGGCCUAAGUUUUUACCCUAAAGUUUUUUUAAAAGAUGUAUUACCUGAUCAAGUUUAUCCAUUGAUCAGAUCAUUGAUUACAUUUUUUCAUUGGCUGAUGAUAUUUUUUAUGUUGCGCUUUUUCUUUCCAGUAGGCCGCCUUAUUGGUUUUUCUUAUGUGUAUGGUAUGUUAACAGUAGUAAGCAUUAUAAGCGUAAUAUACAUACGCUUUCUUGUAAUAGAGACCACAGGUAAAAGUUUACUUCAAAUUCAGCUUGAACUUGGGGGAAACCCAGUAGGAACCCGCACAACUUUUAAUUAAUUUUUAAGACAUUUAACGUUACUAUUAAUUUUUACAAAAUAUAUGCUUAUUAUUACAGAAACUUCUUAUUUAUUCUUAUCAUUCG